AGAUAAUGGUCUGGAGAGGGAAGAGUUGUCGCUGUUUACGUUGAGUUGCACAUUAAAUCAUUGUUUUAUUGGUUAUUAAAUUAAUCAAUUCUAUAAUACUAAAGAUACAAACGUUUUUUUACCGUCAGCAAGUUAUUUAGACGAUGUGGUGUUCAGUUUAUAAUUUAAACCUCAACUAAAGUGAUUGUGCGUUGCCUUGGAACGUCCUAUUUUGGGAGUAAUUGUGUCCGAGGCUGUUCAGAAAUAAUCAGAUAUGUAAUUUUAUUUACAGUGUCGAUGGGAGGCUAGUAGGCUUGUAGCCUCAGGUCAGAUCAUCAGCACAGUAUGUUCUAGACAAGCCAGUGCAAUGAGCAAGGACAAGCCUGUAAAUAGAGACAAGAAGAAAGGAAGCAAUGGAAACAAUUCAGUACCAGGCAAUGGGGGGGAGAACGGUCCGAAUAGCGUGGGAAAUGGAAAUGAGCAAAGCAGUGUUGGGAUUAAGUCAGAGCCAUUGGAGAGAGAACGGGACAGAACGGAGGAAGAGGUGAAGGAGGAGCCGCAGGCUGCCCCAGAGGAGCCUCAAGUUUGUGAACAUAAUGAAGAGAAUAUGCCAUCUGAUACAAAACCACCUGACCUUAACCUCUCUGACUCCAAAAUCGAAGAAAACCAACUGUUAGACAAUCCAGUGUCCUGUAAAUCUCUAAAGACUGAAGAUGGUGCUAAUUCUGAACCGGAUUUUGGAGCUGAGGUGGGUGGAUGUGAAGGAGUGCUUGGACUGUCUCUUGCGCAAGAUGGAGUACAGCCUCUGGCCAGCAAUGUUAUCAAUAAACAACCUGCCACCAUGGAAGCACAGUACAUGCAGCAGCAAAGUCAGAUAUUCGUCUUUUCUACAGCUCUGGCAAAUAAAUCAGCUGAAUCUGUACUCCAAGGCCAGUUCCCCUCUAUUAUAGCCUACCAUUGUGCUCAACCCCGUACCAAAAAAUUCCUUGAGAAACAUCCUUUGAAGAUGACUCAGUUCAACAGGCAAAAUCCUGCUCAAUGGUUAAAUAACCUCGCACAGAUAAAGCAGAAAAAUGCACCGGGCAAUCUCAAGUGUCAAGGGAUGGGCCGAGGACUCAAAAACAAUAUGAUGAUGGACGUAGGGCUAGGCAUGGGUAAUCGAAUGCCUCUUUGGAACCAGGGCAACUCGAUGGGAGGCAAUGGAGGGAACAACAUAGGACUAGGAAUGGGCAACUCUGGCCCUCAGAUGAAACCAGAACCUUCCACCAUGAUGCCUGGCUCCCCUGGUUCCAACAUUCUGCAGGGAGGCAUAAUGCCUUCCCUAAGUGAGUUUUCAGAUGACGGCAUCUCAUUAGGUCCACACCAUUCUUUAGCUGGAGUGAAAGUGCCAGAUGAAAACCUAACCCCACAGCAACGGCAACACAGAGAAGAACAGUUGGCCACUUUGCGCAAGAUGCAGCAGAUGUUGUUUCCUGAGCAUCAUUCUCCUGGUACUGGUGACAACACCACUACUGACCUGGACCAGGUGAUGCCAGAUGCUGCAGAACUUAUGAUGAAUCAUAAGAAUCAGCCUGUUGUUAGCCAGGCUGACUGGCAAAAGUUGCAGAUGCAAUUUUAUGAUGAAAGGAAGAAAAAAAGUAAUAACCCUACCCAAAGUGGUGGUAGUCAAAACAAUGGGAGGGGUCAGGGCCCACCUCCCCCGUAUCAUCAAGCCACCCGCUCAGCUAGUGUCCCGGUAGCAGUGCCCAGUCCCACUCCUGGGUCCCCCAACAACACUACCUCCAACCUGUCCUUACCCUCACCUCGCACGUGUUCAGGCCUCAACAGUCCUGCCGAAUCCAAACGACAUCCUCCAGGCCCUAGCCCACCUGUUGACUCACCAGGACCACCUCGCUCUAUGAACCUUAGUAACCCAGGCACUCCAGUCUCCACACAUCUGUCACCUAAGAAAGAGAAGCAAAAUGGAAAUAAUAGUGUAGUUGGUGAAUUUUCCCCAACAAGCAACAUUUCAGCGCCCACUAGCCAGCAGUCACCGGUCGAUAGCCUCUUUUGUCGAUCUCUUCAAUCACUUGGCCAACAGAAACAAUCUUCAUCAAACUCAACACCAACGUCUAAGGAGCCUAACCUGAUGCCAGUGCCUUCUCCUCAGCAGAUACAAUAUCUGAACACGUUUGAGGGCCAGGAACUGACAAUCCAGAAACAGCCCAACACGAGUCUUAAGGAAACUAAUAUCAUGUCCCCUUCGUUGCCUCAGAAAAAUGUCGAGGGAGUGUUAACAGGAGGAUCAAAUUCAGAACUGAACAGCAAAGUGUCUGGACGAACCACACCCUUGACACCAGUGUCCAUGGAGCUGGGAGUGUCACGGUACACUUCAAGUCCGCAGCCAACACCUGACAAGCCUACGGCACGUAAUCCUUCCGACCAACGCUUCUGCUCGAGUCCACAGAUACAAGACUCCAUUGCUACAUCGAGGUUCAAUAUGAUAUCAUCAUCUCCAGUAAUAUCUAACAGCUUCAUGCAACAACAGCAACCUAAAAGUGCUCCCCAUUUUAUAGACAUACCUUCUCCCAACAAAAGCUGUGUGGGGGAUAACAUCAAGGAUCCAGUGGGAGGUAACUAUCCUUGCAUCGGACCAGAUAAUAUACCUUUGAAUCCAAACGGUAUGACUAGAAUUUCUGUAGGCAAUGGGAAUAAAGUGUCUCAUUUUGAUCCAAUAACAUCUUUAGCUCAAAUGAGUCAACAAUUAACAAACAAUGUUGGAAGCUCACCAGUAAAUCAGUCUGGAGGGAUAAUCGGUCCUUCUCCAGGAAUGCAUCCUGGUAUGAUGCCAUUCAACUCAAGUGGCUCAAAUACUAUGCACAUGAUGCCUAUGAAUGAAAUGGGUGUAUGCCAAGGUCCAGGUCAGGACAUGGGCAGCCCAGGAGUUGGUGUGGGAGUGAGGUUGGGAAAUCCUCAGAUGGCAACUCAUCCUCAUGCAUUCAGUCCAGGAUCUGUUGGAAACGGAGCAUCUGUGAACCGAAUGCCUUGUCCUUCUGUGUCACCGAAACCCAACAUGAUGCAGGGGGUGUACAAUGGGCCCUCGGGGCCCCGCCUAGUGUCUCGAGCUCCAGUGCCUAAUUCCUACAACGGAGCUAAUAUCCAGGUGAAACCCAGUGCCCCUAAUACCAUCCAGUACCUACCCACAAGACCCCAACAAGGAUCUGCUGGGCCUAGAGGGCCUCCCAGUUUAGAAUUCCUUCAUCGUUUCUCAAAUCCUUUGUCCAAUCUAGAUGCUAAAGUGCCCACACAUAAUCUCCAAUAUUUCCCUAACAACUAUCAACAAAACAGCUCGGGUGGGGACGUGUUGGGUAAUAUUAAUUGCGGAGCCAUGGGACAGGGACCGGGUAAUGUGGUGAUGCGUGGCACUUUGCGAGGAGGCUCUGGAGGCAUGAUGAGAGUAGGUGUGCCUAACAUGCCGAACAUGCCCGGUUUCAGUGGAAAUGAACAGAUGUUCCCCAAUCCCAGUGGUUCCAGUUGUCAGAUGUUUGUGCCUAGUUCUAAAGGAUCACCACUGGGGAUGGGAGGAAUGGCCCCGGAGGCCAGUCAACCAUUACCUCCAUCCAUGGGACAAGCCAACAACUUCAAAAAUUCAUCAUUCAUUGGUCCUACAACGGCAGACCCUAACUAUGCACAACAGUUCCACAACUUCCAGCAGCAACUGUAUGCAACUAAUACAAGAAGUCAGCUAGGCAGUCAGGCCAUGGGAACAAAUCAACAGUUCUUUGUUCCAAAAUGAACAUAAUUUUCUGAAUAAUUAGUGUAAAUAGCUAGGUUACUUAUGACGCUUACUUGUGAGACAACUUUUGUAAUGUAAAUUUUAAACUUUAACUAAUUUUUAAAACAAGACUAUAUUUUUAAGGUUUUAUCGAAACUAUAAACAUGAUAUUUUGCUAAGUAUAUGGGUUUAGUUAUGUGACUAUGCUACGGAUUCUAAUAAGCUCAAUUACAAUUAUAUUUUUUUCUGGAAAUUCUGUUAUUUUGUUUUAAUAUAUAAUAUGCUAUUAUAAUAGGUCAGAUACACAGAGAAUAUUUUUACUUUAUAUGGGUUUUUGAUGAAACUCUCCAAACUAGUGAUGGCCUAACUGUUGUUUGCAUGAAACAGUUGCAACCGCAACAGUUGCCGCUGUGCAACUGUUUCGUUGAACUUAAGCGUUGCAACAGUGAAAUACUAAUCAAAUGUUGCGGCAUUGCUGUACCUUAUCCACCUGUUUCACCUGCAUAUAAAAUUAAAUUAGACGUUGUUUUUGAUUCUUACAAACUAAUGCAAUACUAGAUAGAUAAAAAAAUCACAUUUUGAUUUUUUACUGCAGAAAAACUUAAAUAAAGAUUCUUGACUAUGUAUUAUUCAGAUUUUAUUUACAAUAUUAAUUGGUCAAUUCAAACAGGUUUAAAUCAGUGUAGACAGUUGUGUUGAAAUAUAAACCAAUGCAUUUGUAUAAAUCAAAAUUUCAUAUAAGUUCAUUUUGUUACAAAAUUUUCAAUAAUUACCGGUACAAGUAUCUAUCACAUUAUCCAGAAAAUUUAAAAUGCAGACCUACUAAAAAUUAAAAUACACUAGAGAGUAGAGUACUCUGAGAGAAAAUAAACAAGUAAUUAUUCUCCAGGAGCAACAUUAACUGAUAUAGCCAUCAAAGCCAGAACAGUUGUUAGAAUCAGUACCUGUUUUUGCAACAGCUAUCCUUGCUCAUUAGUUUCUCGGAGCAACAGUCACUCUGGUGAAACUGUUGGGGUUGCAUCGGGCCAUCACUACUACAAACAAAUAGAUGUAUAUUUUUGUAGCCUUUUAUUAACUUAAUAUGUUUCUUGCCUGUUUUUUAGAAUAAAUUUGUUGUUUUAUUUA